AAUGUUCGGUAAUCGUGUUUUAAUUCCAAUUCGAUUUAUUCGUACAAGUGGGUAUCGCUGUAAGGAAGUUGAUCUUCUUACUGAGGCUUAUCUUAAGCAAAUCCGCGAUUUGGCUGCUAAACAAAAGGCUUCUGGCCCCGAUUUUUGGGAAAGUUCCGCAGAAUUCAAAAAAACUUUACAGGACCAACUUAACCGUCUGGCUACUAAAUAUCAAUUGCCAAAUGCUGAUGCUGUGACUAAAUUGGAUUUAAAAUUUGAAAAGCCGAAGCUUGAAAGUUCUGUGGCUGCAUUGUCUGAAGGAAAGCCUGCCGAGGCUUUAUUGGAGGAAUUGAAUAUGACAAAGAAACAAUAUGAUGAAGAACAGGCAGAGGAACGUCGAAAAGUAAAAGAAAUGACUGCUAAAUUGGGUCAACAAGAAGAAUUUAUGCCUUUUCCGAUGCCGCUUAAAGAAGAAGCUAAAAAGUUUGCUUGAUUUUAAAUAGAUAAAUAAAUGUGGGUAGACUUUUUUAGGAAAAUUAAUUGAAAAGAAUUUUUGGAUAUUUUUGUUUUGUGUUAAAAUUGAAGUA